CGAAAACGCGGCAGUGAUGCUUCACCAUUGAUUACCGUUUCCACCGCUGACGUCGCGCGUAAAUCUGAUGUACUAUACGCCAAGUUUUGUGCCAGUGUUUUGAACCCUGAUCCCACGGAAGAUCCGCGAGCAUCGUCCUCAAAGCAGCUGCGUCAUGAUGCUGGCCCCGUGGCCGCACCCGUGUCUGCCUCCGCCACGCCAGUGCCACCCCUUAUGCGUAAUGCGGUGGACCCAGCUGGUUCCACAAGCUUCCCGGAUUUCGGUCGAUCCACCCAACACUAUAACCCCGAUCCGUAUCAUUUCUACCGGGUUCCGCCUUCUGCCACAGACAGUCAUCAUUAUAUAAGUGAAAGCUAUGCGUGUCGAUCCAACGGUUCCUCAUGCAAUCCCUAUCACUCGCCCCAGCCCCAAUUUCAUCCACAACAAUCCCUUCAUUCGCAUCCGGGCUCAUCCAUACCCGCUUACUCCGGUUCACCAUUUGAUCCUGCUCACUGUCGGCGAUUUCGUCAGGGGAUGACCGGAUCCGAUCGGUACAACUCCUCCUAUCAAACGAAUGCGCUUUGCCGAGAUCCUUCGCAACUGUAUCCGUCUGCAGAAGAUAUAUAUGCUCGCUACCUCGCCGAUUCCGCAUACCGUUCCCGACCCGAUGUUCCGAAUCCUCUGACUACUUCCCAUACAGCAGGCUCAGCUGAGUCUCCAAUGGAUCAGUUUUCAUCGACUGUGGAUCCUCUCGCAUCGUGGCUACAAUUCCAGGGCAACGCACAACACAUGCAAUAA